UGAGCCCACUAGGCCUGAUAUUGUCAACUUUAUUAGGCCUAAUUGUGAGCCCAUUUCUGUCGUCUGGCACCGUCACAAACCGUUUCUAUCGAGCAACGCCGAGAUAGGAAAGCACGAGACUCGGAAGGCGAAAUCGAUAUCGGAAAAUGGAGGAGCGAAAGGAGAGUGUGCCACCGGAACACGAUGUGAAUGCGAAGUGGGACGCAUGUAUCGAUCUCACGACCCGCCGUUUCGUCUACUCCUCACUCGGCGGCGCCUUCGCCGGUCUUCUCUUCUUCAGGAGUCCUGUAACAAGAUGGGCAUCGAUUGCUUUUGGUGCUGGACUUGGUAUUGGCUCUGCAUACACUGACUGCUCUCUUGCUUUUGAUGCUCCUUCUUCUUCUUCAUCCCCAGCAGCUCCCAAGAGUAGAGAAACUUCUUCUGUAUCUCAGGCUGCAGACGAAUAGACAAACGAUGAAAGUAACUGAAUCCAUGCGGAAACAGAGCCAUCACACAGUGAUUUGUUGAAUUGUUUCCUAAAACCUGUAAGGACAAAUCUUUUGAGAUUAACGCUAAAUGUAAAACCUUGGCUUUCUUCUGUUAAAUCCUUUUGAACAGUUGACUUCAGUCAUGCUUUAUAGUUCCAAGAAUAAACAACCUCAAACGAAGGUAUCUAAUC